ACACAAUGUGCUGCGGGUGCUGGUUGAGGUCGGAAACUAUUCUUGGACGCACUGGGAAGAGAGUUGUUUACAAACAGCCAAGUGUCAGGGAAAAAAAAGCGAAAGUGCUGCUGAAAAUGAGCAAAUGAAGCGAAACGGUACUUUCCGACACACCAUGGAGGCUCAUGCCAGCCUUUAGCGAAUAUAAAUCAUAUCCUGGAUUGAUGUUUUCAGUGUGUGUGUGGGGGCAGUGAGAUAAAGCUGAGCAGGUGCAGUGUCUAAGUUACAAAGAGGUGUUGGCUGUGGGCAGUCAGCAGGACACAUGGCAGAGGAAGGCAACAAGCUGACACUGAGGCGCCUGGAGGCACCGAUCCACAAGUUCAUUAAAGUGGCUCUACCCACGGACCUGGAGAGGCUGCAGAAACACCACAAUAACAUACUGAAGUACCAACAAAGCCAGCAAUGGGAGCGGCUUCAUCUGGAGCAUAUCAAUGCCAGCAGAACUGUUCAGCAGCUGAGAGCUAACAUAAGAGAGAUGGAGAAGCUGUGCACACGGGUCCGUGCCGAAGACGCCGCCGCUCUGGAUGCGCUCGUCAAGCCGGUCAGAGACAGGGCGUCAGCCGCCGCACAAGACUUCCUGCUUUUGCACUCUAACCCCGUGCCUCAGCCUGCGCCGGCAACACCACCUGCCGCUCAGCCGUCCAGCUGUGUGUCCAGCAGUCUCCACGCAGAUGACGAUGCGUGCGAGGAGCCAGCGUUUGGCAGGCAAAUGCAGCUCCAGCUUCCAGAAAUCCCUGCUGAUCAGAGUGCGGCUGAGUCCUGGGACAACCUGGAAGAGGAUCUGAAGGAACUGAGCGGUUUGGUGACGGAGUUCUCUCUGCUCGUCCAUUCCCAGCAGGAGAAGAUUGACAGCAUAGAGGACAACGUCAACACAGCCGCUGCCAACGUGGAGGAGGGGACCAAGAGCCUGGGGAAGGCGGUGGGCUACAAGUUGGCGGUGUUGCCGGUUGCCGGGGCGCUGCUUGGCGGUGUAAUAGCAGGUCCACUGGGCUUGCUGGCUGGCUUCAAAGCAGCAGGGGUGGCUGCUGCUCUGGGAGGGGGCGCUUUGGGGUUUGCAGGCGGCAACCUGGUCCAGAAACACCGCAAAGCCCGAGUGGAUAUCCAAAUGAAACAACUGACAGCACCGCCUCCAGAAGCACCACCCGAGCCCGAGUCGAACAAGGACAAAUGACCCAGCAGUUCUGGUUAUUCCUCCGGCCUCAGGUGCUGACUAAUCACCGAGGCUUCACGGUUGACUGACCAGUCAGAAGCACAAACCAGGCCUGCAGGCGGUGUCACGUUGCCUUAAAGACACUCGAGACGUCACUGAGCUUUGCUGUUACCGAGCACUGUCGUAAAACAAUUCUGUCAUAACAGCUUUAUUUAAGAGUCAGAUACUUUGAUGUUGGCGUGUGAAUGGAUUGUCUGUGAGGAUACUAAUCUCAUUUAUACACACGACUACUGACAUUUAUUCUGAACGCAACCAUGUAGUUAUAUACACUACAUCUUUACGUGUCCAGUUGGCUCAGUGUGACUGCUUUGGCACCAAAUAAAUCAAGUCGUACACAACCGUUCUGUCAAAUACUAUCACGAAUAAGAACACUGGGCCUCAUUCACAAACAAUCUGUGCUUAAACCGUGCGUAUUCCGCGAACAAAUUUAGAGCUGCUUCAGACCAUGCGUACACUCAACUGAUUAAGGCCCGGGUGUCGUAGAAAACGUAGAAUUCAAAGAAAUGUUAGUAUCAGUGUUUUGUUGAUGUAAAUAUGCUGCUUUUUAUUUUAUCUUCCGUUGGCUUUGGUGGCAGACAGGAAGCUAGCUGCGUUAACAUGCCCACUGCCCACUCUCCGGGCUCCACUGAUCGCUAAUGUUAGCCUGGUGCUAACAUAGUUGACAGUGGUAAGGGGGGUUUGUGACUCUUCCCCCCAGGUAGCCUUGGUGAGGAGGUGGCUUUAUUUUGAGCUGCCAAACCCCUUUAGCACUGUCAACUAAGUUAGCAUCGUUAGCUGUACAGCCACUGCUAACGGCGCUAAGAGAAGGUAACAAAGCUAAAGGCAGGGUUCCCACAUAUUUUUGUGGAUGAAAUUUCAAAACUUCUCCAUGACUUUUAAAGGACAUAUCAGAGUCAAACAUAAUUCCUUCUAGCUGGACAGAAAAUGGAGAAACGUGCGUGAUGGUGAACAAAACACUGUCACACAUCGGGGUCAUUAGAGCUAUGUUAAAUUGACGGCUACAGAUGAUAAAUUUGCAGUUGUGUAGCACUAUGUGAUGGUUGUCUAAGCAAUAUUACUGUAACAAUUUCAUUACACGCAACACAGUUUUAUUACUUAACCAAAAUUUUCAAUGAUACUCACUUUUCCAGGCCUGGAAAAUGUGAUUGUGAAAUUCUGUGACUUUUCCAGGUAUGUAAAGAAAUGGGGGCGUGGCCGUAUGCUGAUUGCAAAUAGGGCACACGCCUGUCAAUUUAGAGUGAUUCUGAUUCACUGACGCAUGUGUCAUGAAUCUGAUUGUAAUUUUGCAUACACUUAUUUUGUGCGCAAAGUAAGAACAUUUCCAUGCACAUGAGUGAAUGAGGCCUGCUGUUUCAUAAGCUAGCAUCUUUUUUCAGGUUAUUCUUUCUCACCAGGGUUUCUGUUCAGCAGUGAUCAUGCCUCAGUGUUCCUUUAUACAGAAAAUGUCCAAAUGUGAAUGGCUGCACUACUGAGACUGCAAUAAGAAAGAUGAUAUUGAGAAAAGGUUUUUGUGCCCAACGUCACUGUGGUUUUACAUUUAAUGUAAAUUAAAGUGGUUCUGCUUCAGUGUCUGUACAAGUUAUACUGUGUAUAGGUACUGAGUUGUUUCUGACAAGUGUGAGAGCAAAAUUGCACAUAAAGCGCCAAAGUGCCACAUCACUUCAGGGACUGGAGUGGGAGAACCUGCCAUGUAUUGAUGACACUGCUGCUGGUUUUCUGCCAAAUAAAAUGUUUCUUUUCAACGGUGAUGUCAGUCAUUGGAUAAAUAUCACAGUAAAUGACACUGGUAGAGUUCACAGACACGGACGUACAAAGCACCAGGUAACACAACAUCCUGUAAAAUGGUUUUUAAUUUACUUUUUCAUUUUUUUAACUCUUCUUCCCCUCUGAGAUGACUGGUUUAGAAAUGGCAUCACGCUCCCCCCGUUGCUCUCCUGUAUGUGGGCUGAUAUGUCACUAUGCAGGCAUCUGUUGGCCUCUAUGGAAGGGCAGGACACACAGUACAACCUUAGCAAUGGGUCCCCGUAUUCAUAAUCUGGAUUAAUUCACACUCAGGGGAUCUCAGGGAUCUAGACUUGUACCAAAACCUCAAAGACAUAUAAAGAGACAAAACCAGUUUUAAGAGAACUUGUAUAAAGUGGCAGACUGUAAAUUUCCACCGUUCAUCACACGGGUUUUCCCCUCUCGUCUCUCGGCUUUUUUUCAAACACCGGGAAGGCCACCAUCUUUUCUCCCCCAGCAUGAUGACACAUUUGACAACAGGUAACAUCAAAAACAACAGCCAUUUCAUAAAUUCCUAAUCAUUUUUAAAGUACAUCGUUGCAAAAACAUUUUUUUUCUCCUCUACUUGAUCCCCGGGAACACAACUCAAGAAGUGUUAUGGCAAAUACUGUGCCUUUAAAAAGGUAUCCAGCCCCCUUUUACUUUUAAUGUUGUGCAGUAGUGGAGGUAAUCAGCAUUUUAGAGACUAAACAGAAACAUUUCUUGGGUACAAAAAUAACAGAACUCCUGAUUGCAUAAGUAUUCAUGUCCUUAAAGACAGUACUUAAUAGAGGCACCUUUGGCAACAGUUACAGCCUUAGGUCUACUUCAAAAGGCCUGUAACAGCUUUACACAUCUGGACACUAAUUCUUUGAAAUCCUGUGUAGAUUUGGUUUCAUGUUUGGGGUUGUCUUACUGUGAAAUAUACAUCUUUAGUUGCUUUUACCAGGAUUUCUCUGCACUUUGCUGCAUCAAUUCUACACUGACAAGCCUUCCAGGGCUCGCUGCAGAGAAGCCUCCACACAGCAUGAUGCUGCCACCACCAGGCUUCAUGACAGGGAUGGUGUGUUCUUUUUUUUUUUGGUAUUGUGCAGUUUAAAUGGAUGGUUCAGAUUUUCUGAAGUGGGGUUGUAUGGGGUACUUAUCCACAGAGUGUACAUUACCUACAGUAGAUGUCAGUUGGCACACCCCCAAUCUGGAGAAUCAAGCCGGAGUCCAACAUAUUUUGGCCACCUAAAAUCAUCAAUCAGUUGAAGUGUGUGCUAUAUUUAGACUAUUUUCAAAGCUUUACCUUUGAGUUAGACAGGGAUUUCCAAUGGGAAAACAAAGCCAUUAUAUCGCUCUCUUAUAGGCCAGACUCCAUUGACAAAAACUGAUUUAACGCUGCUGAACACAGGAGCUGCUAAUCUACUGCUGGCUCAAUCACGUAGUUUGUUUGUGUUAUUGUGUGACUUUGGCAUUUAAAAGGAGUGGUUCUGAUUCACCGAAGUCACACAAUAACACAAACUAACUAACUGACUGAAGCAGCAGUAGAGCAGCAGUUCCUGUGUUCAGCGAGUUAAAAUCACUGUUUUUUCAAUGGAGUCUGAUGGGGAAGUGACGCCGCUUAUGGCUCCCCGAUCGAAACGCACUGCGUGAUUGAAAUGUAAAGCAGUGACUAUUUUCUCAAUACAGUGUACACAGCAGUACACUGCUUAGCUUCUGUGUCGGACUCCAGUCUGCUUCUCCAAACUGGAGGAUGUGCCGACUGAUCACUACCAUAUGGGAAACACCGACCCCAUACAACCGCACUUCAAAACAUCUGAACUAUCCCUUUAAGGCUUCUACUAAAUUUAGUAUGAUGGCCAAAAAGGCUCAUUCACUUUCACGUUACAGUAUUUUCUCUUGAUUGUUGACAAAAAUAAAAUCCUAAUUACAUCCACUGCAAUUCAGUGUUGUAAAACAGCGACACACAAAAAGGUCCGAGGGGGCAAUACUUUUUAUAAGCACUGUAAGAGACAUCAUAAUCUAUAACCAUUUAGUACCAGGGAGAGAAGGGGUGCAUCUCAAUAGGCUGGAGUAGCUCCGUCUCUUUAUCUUCUGUCUCAAGUCAUGGUUUAAAGUAUGUUAACCCUACAAAGCAUUUCCAAAAUACUUUUCUAUUCCUUCAGUGUGUGUGGAGAAGAUAUGGAGAUAAAGCUACUUCAAGCAGGCAUAUUGUUAUAAGUUGUGCUAUACAAAUGAAUUAGACUAGAGUUGGUCAUAUUGAGAUGCAGCCAUGAGGUCAGUGAGACUAAACAAGCGUCUCCUAUCAGGCUGAACUGGACUACCCACAGAUAAGAACCGUACAACUGGAGUGAGGGAACUGUUCUGUUUUUUGUUUUUUUUUUCUACAAAAAGCCGGGUGAUGUAAAAGAAAGGAAUAAAAUAAAGAAAAAUCUGCAUUUAAUUUAGACCAACAAUGAGACUCCCAUGUAGCACAAACGUAUUUACAAGCUCCAAAAAAUAAAAGUAAAAA